CAAAGCGUUAAAAUACAAAAUGGGAUAAAAAUAAUGAAGUACAAGUAAAAUUUUCUUUAAAAAAAAUUCCAAAAGUCAAAAUAGGCUUUUGUUUAGGAGUUAUGUCACUGGGAAAAAUACCCAAACCGUGAUCAUCGGGUCAACAUCCUGCCCUGCCCUUUGGAAUCACCCCCACUGUAAAUCUUUGUUUCCAUUAUUAUUACGGAGUACUACUACUCUGCCCUCCUUCCAAAUCCACAAAACAAUUCGCCGUUCUUCCUCAGAACACUCUCGAACAAAAAUUGUGCCUUUCUUUCAAAUAUCCAAACACGAGGCACGAACGUUCUAUGUGCAAUUCAUACCCCCCACUCUUCCAUUUUGAAAACAUAAAAGAUUAAAAAGUAAAUUUAAGCAAGGAAAGAACUUGGCACAGUUGGGACAAGGACCUGCCAUUGAUCAUCCCAAUGGCAAACCGGCCUACUCGUUCAAGGAGACAGGUGUCGUCGUCUCAACAGCCAGAAUCACAAUCAAGGGCAAAGUGGAAUGCACACCUCACUAAUAUAUUGGUGGAGCUGAUGUUAGAGCAAGCUCGGAUUGGAAAUAAACAAAGCAAAUUCUUUAACAAGGAAGCGUGGAAGUUCAUCUGCGACGAAUUCCAUAAAGAAAGUGGUCUCCCGUGGGAUCAGGAGCAGUUGAGGAGCCGGUAUACUGCUCUUAGGAAGCAUUAUGCCAUUGUAAGGUCAAUACUUGACCAGAGUGAUUUCAAGUGGGAUGAGUCAACCGGUGCCAUCAUUGCCACAAAUGAAGCAUGGGAUGCAUACAUCAAGGAACAUCCAGAUGCAGAGAUUCUAAGGAGUACAGGCUGCCCAACUUACAUGCAGUUACGCGCAGUCUUUGCUGAAACCAACAAGACAAAAGGGAAGCCAAAUGGAUCCGCUACUACUACUACUACAGGGAAGGAGCGGCCCAUUGCUUCACAACCCUCAACCGUGUUUGAUGACAAGCUGUCAUCUUCCGGAUCCGAAGAAGAAGCUGAUGUGGCAGAUGAGGACGACAAGCCUCACCCAACCAACACAUCUGCAAAAACCAGCAAGAAAAAAGGGCGCAAGGGGUUUGACGAUUUCAUUGCAAAGGCUAUAUCGGAGAUGGCUGCUGCUUCAAGGCUCAGGGCGGAUGCCAUCAACAAGUACAACGAGAAGUACACCAUAGCUGAUUGCGUCAGAGCUUUGGAUGAAUUACAAGGUGUCGAUGACCACGUCUAUCUUGCUGCUUUGGAGCUGUUUAACCGUAGGAUAUCCAGAGAGAUAUUUUUGUCGCUUCAACCUGAGAAGAGACUGACUUGGUUGCACUGCAAAGUUUCGCCGUCUAUGGAGGCAGUGUGGCUUACUCCCAGUUCUUUGUAAGAUUUAUCUUAAUAGUCAUUUAUUGCAAUUGUCCAAGAAAAUUCAAGUUUACAUGCAGGACUUUAGAUUUCUCUUCGACGUAUAGCUAAUGUAGAGAGAGUUAGAUCUCAAAAUUUUGCUUGUUACACAGUUUUAAAGGAGAUAUGGGAACCAAUGCUUAGCUUACGCGUCUAGUUUUAUGUGUAAGUUGUAAACAAGAAAGAGAAGAUUCAUCU